AUGGCACCACCGAAAAAGAAAUCUGUGAUCAAAGCUGAGGCGGUCGAGCCAGAAGUGGUUGAGGUUAAUGAGCAGCCAGAGACAGUUGAGCCUGUCAUAGACCCGAGGUGCCUCGAUACAGGUCACAUGUUGUAUUUGCUCGAUGAUGACAUUCGAACGAUAUGGGAUGCACGUGAGGCCGAUCGACUCAGUGUGCUGGCUGGGAAGAUCACCAUGGAUGCGGCUGAUGACCAUCGAAGGGACAUGGAGCUACAACUUUAUCUCAACCUCAUUGAGCACUGCAGUGAUCAGCUCAAAGAUGGGUUAUGCUUGACGCCUAGGCAAACAGCAGUUGCCCAUAUGAUACUCAAAAUACUCGUGGACGGUAUUCGCAGUGGGAUCGAGAUGGACGGUUCGGGUAGAGUCGUCCAGAGUGUCGAGAAGACAACGACGGUGGAGGAAUUUAAAAAGCUCGCUCUCUCGUAUACGAUUGAGUAA